GUACUUAAGAUCAUAUUUAUUCAGCAGAUACACUGAUUUUUAUAUCUAGACUAAUCUAUGCUUAAUCUUUAAAUGCUUUAAUACAAGGACAAUAGCAUUCUUACUAUUAAAAGCUUUAGUUUAAUUUGCGUGUCUCCUUUGUAAGUGACCAUGUCGUUGCCCGGUUGUAAAACAUUGGUUAGAGGACAAUAGGAAAACAAACGUGAAGCUACAGUCGUUUUUUUUUCUCAUAAAAAUGGAUUUUUGGUAAAAUCACGCUGGACUUAAUACUUACACGUCAACUGAAAAUAAAUCUGAGAAAUACAACAGCCUGUAAAAGGGAAGUCAACACUGAAGAACCUUUUACAAAAUGACGUCAUCGACACCGAUACAACUCGACAGGGAGUUUACUCUCUCGCAGAUAAAUCAGAGAUGGAGCGAAAGCAGCCAAACCUUUCUCUCAAUGACUACACUUUCCUUUCUCAGUGGAAGAGGACGUUGACGGAUAUUGACAUGAAGAGGCGAAAAGCGGACAUGCGCGAGAGGGACCGGAUGCAGUUCCGCAUCAUUGAUAAGAUCACCAGUCCAACCUUGUCAUUCGAGUUGGAGAAUUUUAAACUCUUCGGGAAACUUAACAAAACGGAGACCCAUAUCCACAACACUAUUCCUACCACCGAAACGGUUGCGGCAGAAAAAGACUACAUUGAAUUUGACAAGAUGAGGAAAUCACAACCACAAGCUGUCACAUACACCAGCUUUUACAAAAACAUUCAAGGGGAAGUUAAGAAACCUAAGACACCCAAAACUCCAUCCGCCAUAGCGUUUUCUGGAAUUGAAAAGCAGACGUCAUCCGAAGAAUCACGUGGUCAAUCUCGUGCUGCAUUACGUAAUUCCUCUCAAGCGAUCUCUAGUUCAACACCUAGUCACAUUUUGUCCGGAACAUUCAGUAGUGCUUCUGUAGUUAAACAAUCAACGCCCAUAUUUUCUUACCGUAAAACAUAAUUUUGAAAUUUGAUUUUAUGUCAGAUGCAAAUUUAUUAAAAAAGACAUUGUAUAAAUAUGUUAAGCCUGAA